AAUGCUGAACCCCACAUCUUAAGAAAACACUAAUCUCCAAAACCGUCAACAAAACCUUCCAUCUUUGGCAUUCGUCAGCUCUCUCGUAACGCAUAUAAGCAAUGCCAACACGCGUCAUGAAGAAAACCGGCAAUUGAUAUCGUGAGUUUAAAAUCUCUCUUUAAGACCAGAUUCUCCGUAACCAAUAUCCUCCUACACUACUCUACUCUCGCUCCACUUUCCAGAGCAAGAAUAUCUACUUCCGGGAAAUUCCAUCCAGAAAUCAAACUCCUCACACGAAGAUAAAAACCAAGGAAACAUGAUCAAUCACCAUUUCCUUUGAUAACAUCCAGUUCCUCGAGUCUUUUGAAACUUUCAAAGAGGAAACUGAUGAUGCUUCCAUGGCUCCAGAUCACACCAAAGGAAUCAAAGUACAAUAAUCUGUGAAGUAAAGAAAGAAGGGUCUCUCAAGACAUAAAGUUUGGCCACAGAAUUAUGUGGAGAUCAAUCAAUCAAUCCCUUUGUUCAAGUUUUCUGAUCUAAGCAACUCAAUCUGCUCGGCGACAACAAAAUGCCAACGGAAUCAACACAUUCACGAUUCGUUCUCGGAGCCAUUACCAAGGAUGAUCCCAGGUAUAAUCAGCAUGGCUGAAAUCGUAUCUGCUCUGCCUGCCGAGAACUGGAAACAGCCGAUCCUUCCACCAGCUAAGAAACCGAAACCAGCAAUCGAGAUAGAUUUAAAAGAUAUGGAGGAGGACAAUGUAUUUCUCUUACACUUUGUCAUGGGAACUUACUUUGGUCCUGAUCUCAAGAACGAAAAGGAUCGCCUGAAAUCAGCAUUGCAGAGAAAAGCGGAGAAUCUCCCUUGUUAUUCCUCAAACGAUCUCACUGGCUCACUCGUGAAGCGAGUGGAGCUAGAAAACGUAUACCUUCACAUUCUCAGGAAGGCAGACCCAUCACUGAGAGCGAGUUCCCGGUUGUUUCGUGAGUUCUUCCGUGGCCAACGCAAGGACGUCAACAAGGAUAUCCCUCUGUUCAAGGAUCUAUUUCCACUUUCUCUUCACCCACAAUCCCGGAUGGGGAACCGUUAUGUCAUAAUCAAGAACAUCACUUUCAUUAACGACCCAGAUACCUCUUAUAUGACGAGAGAUGAGAUUGAGCGGUUUAAGCGGCUGACGGGCUUAGAGUGCUUUCUUGUGGAUAUAAACGUAGAGUUUGUAACCAGGCCUGUCACACCUCUGGCUUUGCCUGAUACUGACAACAAUGUUGCAGAGGACAAGGUUGAGGUCAAUGAAGAACCCGAGGAUCGAAAUGGCUGUCUUGCAGUGUCUGUCAUAGGUGCGAGUGGAAAUAACGUCGAAAAUUGUGGGGACGUUAAUCGGGGUUUGAUAUUUCUCCCUUCUUAUACGAGCAAUCAAGAACGGGCAAACGCCACAUCGUCUGUAAAGUCCGGGUUUGAUGUAACUGGUACAGCGGCUACAGGUCAGGUCGGACUGAUGGACAUUGGUGAAUGCGAUGAUGCGUAUCUCUUCCGGGUAUCGCUUCCUGGGGUGAAAAGAGAUGAAAGCUAUUUCAGUUGUGAAGUCGAAGAUAACGGGAAGGUAAUGAUAAGAGGAGUGACAACGACGGGCGAAACGCGAGUUUAUCGGUUUUCCCAGGUGUUUGAAAUGCAGACACGGAAUCUAUGUCCUCCAGGACCUUUCUCCAUCUCAUUUCGGCUUCCGGGUCCUGUGGAUCCCGAGCAGUUCUCCGGAAGUUUUGGAACUGACGGGAUUCUUGAAGGAAUGGUGAUGAAGAAGUUGCAGAAACAAACUGUGUAGACACGGGAGUAACAUUUCAAAGGGUAUAUGGUUAUGUUUGGUAUAAUGUUCGGUUUAGGAAAUCUAAAACCGGUUGGUUAAGACUAUCUCAGCCGGUUUGAUC